AUGUGGUCUUCACCCCUUUCCGACCAACUCUUCAAACAUGUUUUCAUGCCCGUCCUCUUUACCUCUCUGUUUUGUUCCUUAUCUUUCUCAAAACUUGGCAACACUACUGAUCACCAAGCCCUACUCUCAUUCAAAGCUGGAAUACAGGUAGACCCCCUUCAUAUCACCACAGGGUGGAAUGAGUCCAUGCAUUUCUGCAGUUGGGCAGGAAUAGUUUGCGGCCUAAAACACAGGCGAGUGCUCGAAAUUCAUCUUCCCUCUACCAAACUGAGCGGUCAAUUAUCGCCCGCCAUUGGAAACCUCAGUUUUCUCAGCCUUCUUGACCUCAAAAACAACAGCUUUACAGGGAAAAUCCCUGAAGAGAUAGGCAAAUUAUCAAGACUGCGAAUUCUAAGCCUGGCCAACAAUUCGUUUUCUGGUGAAAUGCCAAAGAACGUAUCGAGCUGCUCGGAGUUGUGGUAUCUUAACUUUGGUGGCAACCAACUUAGAGGCAGAAUUCCAGGUGAGUGGCAAUCACUGUCUAGGCUUAAGUACAUGUAUGUCUACCUUAACAACUUGACAGGAGAAAUACCUUCUUACCUUGCCAAUUUUUCGUCUCUCGUGGAAGUUUCUUGUAAUACAAACAAUCUCCAUGGGAAAAUCCCUGAUUCUCUUGGCCAACUAAGAAAGGUUAUAAGCCUAAACUUUGGCUUCAACAACAUCUCUGGCACAAUCCCGAAUUCAAUUUUCAAUCUGUCCUCCUUGGUUUCGUUAUACCUCGUAAACAAUAGUCUCCAAGGGCACAUUCCUUCAAACAUAGGUUCCAAUCUCACAAAUUUGAAGGUUAUCAACAUUGGCAGAAACAAAUUGGAAGGGAAACUUCCGGCCUCCAUAUCCAACUGCACACAACUCUUGGUUUUUGAGGCAGAUGCCAAUGAUUUCACAGGUGGAGUGCCCGAUUUCGGGGGCCUGAAAAACUUGACUGCCCUUUUCAUAGCCGGGAAUCGCCUGGGGAAUGGUAAGCCUGGCGACUUGAACUUUAUGUCGUCGCUAAUCAACUGUACAGAAUUGAGCAGGAUUGACCUCCAAGCCUGUAAUCUGGGAGGGCAGCUGCCUAAGUAUAUAGGCAACUUCUCAAAGCUGGAAGUGUUUGCCAUUGGAAUGAAUGUCAUAUCAGGAGAAAUCCCUAAAGAAAUCGGGAACCUCCUCGACUUGCAGAUAUUGAUGCUUGGGCAAAAUCAACUUAGCAGCGCCAUUCCAGACUCCAUUGGAAAACUGCAGCACCUAUAUCGUGUGGAGCUCGACAACAACAGACUGUCUGGGGAAAUACCGUCUUCUCUUGGCAACAUUUCCAAUUUGGGUCGUCUUUCCUUGCAGAAAAAUAACUUGCAAGGUGCAAUACCAGCCAGCCUUGGCAAGUGCAAGUUAUCCUUAAUUAAUCUCUACUCCAACAAUAUCAGUGGCAACAUGCCCAAAGAGCUGUUUUCUCCCACUGCAGUUCUGAUAACCAUAGACCUGUCAGACAACCUUAUAACGGGUUCUGUUCCAACCGAGGUUGGCAACCUAAAAAACCUGGAUCAGUUGCUCCUCUCGAGCAACAGACUAUCUGGAGAAAUUCCCCUCGGCCUUAGUAAGUUGACUGACUUGAGUAUUCUUCACUUGGAUAACAACUUUCUUGGCGGAUCAAUCCCUCAAUCAUUGAGAACAAUGGUAAACCUUCAAGAUUUAGAUCUGUCUCGAAACAAUCUCCAAGGGGAAAUUCCUGAGUUCCUCAGCCAACUUCGUUUCCUGGCACACCUAAAUUUAUCCUUCAAUGAUUUGGAGGGCGAGGUUCCAACCAAAGGAAUCUUCGAAAACCAGAAUGCAAUCUCAAUCGAUGGAAACGAGAAUCUAUGUGGAGGUAUUCCUCAGUUAGAGUUGCCAAAAUGCACCCAAAAGUCCCACAAAUCCAUACUCAAGUUGGUGAUUUGUAUCUCUGUCGGGGCUUUGGUUUGCAUAUUUCUGGCAGCUUUUCUGUUUAUCUACAGAAAAAGGAAUAAACCCUCGUCGCCACCAGAGACUUCAGAGAUAGAUAAUAUCCCUAGAAUGCCUUAUAGAGCUCUGCACAAAGCAACCAAUGGCUUCUCAGAAGAAAACUUGAUUGGUUCUGGAAAAUUUAGCUCGGUUUACAAAGGCAUUUCAGAUGAAACCGGGACAGCUAUUGCUGUUAAGGUCUUAAAGCUUCAAGUUAAAGGAGCUUCAAAGAAUUUUAUAGCAGAGUGCACAGCGUUGAGACAAAUCAGGCAUCGGAACCUAGUGAAGGUUUUAACUUCUUGUUCAAGCAUUGACUAUCAUGGCAAUGAUUUCAAGGCCAUUGUCUACAAAUACAUGGAAAAUGGUAGCUUGGAGAAAUGGUUACAUCGACACGAAAACAAAGUUGUCGAUGAAAAUCAUGUGCCUAGAAGAUUAAGCAUGUUCCAAAGAUUGAACAUUGCUAUUGAUGUGGCUUGUGGGCUCGAGUAUCUCCAUCACGGCUUUGGAACGCCUUUGAUACAUUGUGAUCUGAAACCGAGCAAUAUUCUCUUAGACAACAAUUUUGUUGCGCACUUGGGUGACUUUGGAUUGGCAAGGUUCCUUGUAAACCAAGUAACCUCAACACAAUAUUCAAGUGAAGCUAGUUCUGCUGGAAUAAAAGGAACUAUUGGAUAUGUUGCCCCAGAAUAUGGCAUGGGUGGUAAUCUUUCAACACAUGGAGACAUUUAUAGCUAUGGGAUUCUUUUAUUAGAGAUCUUUACAGGGAAAAGUCCAACCGACGAUAUAUUCUGUAAUGAUUUAAAUCUUCGUACCUUUGUGAAGAUUUCCAUCCCAGAACAAGUUAUGACCGUCUCGGACCCCUUACUUCUAGAAGAUAAAGAUAUCAACUUGACUGGAAGCACCAAAACUGAAAGGGUCACAAAGCAUGACAAGAUUAUUGGGUGCCUCCAAUCAAUUUUUACAAUUGGAAUUGGUUGCUCUGAAGAGUUACCUGGAGAUAGAAUGGAGUUGAAAAAUGUCAUUAAAGAGUUGCAACAUAUUAAAAGCACCCUUCUAACCUAA